AUGUCUAACACUACCUCGAUCAAGCUUCCGAAUGGUGAAUGGCUGCUUACCCGGGUCGCGUAUACAGCCAAAGAGCAUUCUGGUGUGACAUUUCUUCUUGUUGUGUCUGCACUGUCUCUGGUAGCCGUUGUUGGGCUAUUGUCAGUGAUCUCACUCUCGGCUUUCAAUACACGGACAUACAAGAAUGACGAGCACCUCUUUGUACGGACGCAUGUCGCUGCCUACUUCAUAUCGCUCCUGUGUUGUGAUCUUAUCCAAGCGAUUGGGUCACUCUACAAUAGCCGAUGGGUCAACUCUGGCGCAGUAUUGCUUGAUAAAUACUGCACUGCUCAAGGUGUUUUCAAGCAAAUCGCAGAUGUCGGAACUGCGUUGUGGACUAUCAUCAUCGCUGUGCACACGUUCUAUCUCCUAGUUCUCGAACGCAAACCAAAUCAGUUCACUUUGUAUACGACUCUGAUAGCUGGUUGGUCUGGGAUAUUUGCGAUCGUAAUUUCUGGGCCCGCUGUACUUGAUACAGUAGACCGUGGUCCUUUCUUCGGAAUAUCUGGGUACUGGUGCUGGAUAUCCGACGGAUAUGAGGUUCCUAGGAUAACGUUGGACUACCUGAUCAUGUUUGUGGCGGCAUUUUCGUGUUUCGUCCUCCAUGGACUCAUCCAUCUGCGUCUACGAGGGAAUAUGUCCAUGAAAGGAUGGCGUAUGACAUUUUACAGACAACCACAAGAACGUCCAACAGGCCGUAAUUUCGAUGACAAGGGAAUGUCGAUAGCAAGACAAAUGCUGCUGUUUCCAAUUGCAUAUUGCAUAAUCAUUCUACCUAUUGCCGUUUCUCGCUUCGCUGCUUGGAACGGGCACAUAGUUUCUUUUGAGGAGACUGUCUUUUGUGAAACCGUUUUCCUCUUGUCGGGAUGUGUCAAUGUCACACUAUUUUGCACAUGUCGGCAGAUUCUUCCUCCGAAGUCACUCGUUCUCUUGAAGAGGUCGAUCUCCAAACCCAAGCCUAUCCAACGUGUCGAGGCAACCUCAAUUGCAGUCUCACCUGAAUCUGACCCGUAUUAUGCAGCUUCCAUCACUACCACAGUUGUGGGCUAUGGAUUCGACAAGGGGCAUGAUGUUGAUAUCGAGAAAGGAUCCAUGUCCGACAGCUCUUCUGUUCCGAUGGGCGAGGGUUCCACUCGUGUUUCUGACCCUUACGAACAGACUGUGGCACCCCUCCAAAUACGAAAAUCGGUCCGACAUCCUCGACCUCCUUCGGUGAUCAUUCCUAACCGCGAGCUCGAUGAUGUCUAUAACAUGUACUCUGGUGGACAACCUGACGUGUACUCCGGAGAUUUUAAUGACGUUAAUCUUGGUUCUGGUCAUCAUCCGUCUCAUCGAUGA